CUCUUCGAAGCGUAAUCUCUUUGUAAGGACUAUAAUGUAAACAUAGCAAGACGCUGUCGCUGGUAGGGUUGUUUUUCUUUGCACGGCAUUCUAAAAGGUUCAAAGAUGAAAUUUUCAAGCCAAUUUUACCACAGUUGGAUUCUCCUCGUUCACUGCCUGUGGAGAAACGUUUCAGGGCUUGCCUGCAAUAGAAUGAUUGAAGGGUCAUUUGACAUAGAGGGACAAAUAUCUGCACCCAACUUCCCUUCAAGCUACCCUCGUGAGAACUCUUUCUACACCUGCACCUACACUCUGAGGAACAGGAACCUCACUAACCUCAGACUGGUCUUCAAUGACUUUCAUCUUGAUGAUGAUAUAGCAGGAGGGUUUAAGAAUGGAACCAGAGAUUACUUACAGAUUGACCUUGGCAACAGUCAGACACCUCGGGUGUAUUUGGGCAUCAAUCGUCCAAACAUUAUAAUCAGCUCUUCAGAUGAAACGAUCAUCACCCUUGGCAUUCAGGCGAAUCAACCAAAUACUUACUCUGGUUUGAGGACAUUCAGUGCACAGUAUACCUUUAUCACCGACUCUGAGAAGAAUAAUGAGCAAUCAAUAUAUACAGAUUCUCGUACAGUAAUGCCGACAGUGUCAAUGGAUCAGGGAAAUGUUGCAUACACAGUGCUUGCUCCAAGGGGAUAUAUGUCUGGUUUAUAUUCUGGUCUGGAGAUUGAUAUCAUCUGGUAUAUAGAAGCUGAAUCUCAUAUGAAGGUGCUCUUUCAUAUUAAAGAUUACUCCAAGACCAAUGUGGAUGACACCAGCUCCUUAGAGAUCCGUGAUGGUUUGACCUCUGAAGCCCCUCCCCUCUAUGUAGCUAGGAUGGCUCCUAAUAACUACCAGGUCAUGUCAUCACAAGAAUAUCUUUAUGUGAGGUGGGAAGGUAGCACAGCUGUAGAGGCUUCGUUUGAAGCUUACUUCACUUUCUACAUAGAAGCAGGUGGUGGCAUGCAGUGCCCCGGGGAUUACUAUGCCUGUUCCAAUGAUCAUUGUAUCUCAAAGCAGUUAACAUGUAACAUGAGAGAUAACUGUGGUGAUAACUCUGAUGAAGAUUCUACAUCAGUCUGUCUAGCCCCACCGUUGCCCCUUGCUUGUCAGCCGUCCCCUUGCCUUCACAGGGGCACGUGCUUAGAAUUUGGGUCUGGCUUCAUAUGCCUUUGCUCACCAAAGUUUGAAGGUGAUCUAUGCGAACUUCGCAAGAGUCGCACUACCUCUACCCCAUCCUGUUCUCCAAUGUGUAUUAACGGUGGUAUAUGUACCAAUGGUGCCUGUGUGUGCCCUGAAGAACUAUAUGGAGAGCUCUGUCAAUUCCGUAAUGGAUCAAGUGCAGACUUUACAGACUUACAGCAUACGUCCAUCAUGAUUGGAGCAUUUGUUGGUGCUGUAUGUCUUCUCUCUGUUUGCUGGCUCAUCGCCAUGGCAAGGAAACGAUACCAGGAUGAACCAGCUCCUGGUACAGGUCAUCAUCAUCGUAUUGUCAGUGUUCAUACGUUAGAGGAAGCAGGCUUGCGGCGGAACACAACAAUAACAGGCAACGAGGACAUUCCUCCAGAGUACAGUAUCGCCUGUCGUCGUGACAGUCGACGUGACAGUCGUCGAGACAGCCGUCGAGGUUCAUUUGCAAAGCGUUACCGACCCUCCAUCGAUUCAAUGGGGCCCUUAUCUCCACCACCUGCAUAUGAAAUAGUGACAGGUGAAAUGGGUUUGGGAGAUUAUGAUGGGCUAGCAUUCAGGAUACCAGAGGUAGAAGAGAGAAAUCUACCAGAUGUUGUCAACAGAGAACAGAUGUUAUCCUCAUCACCACCACCACCACCACUACCAUCACUACCACCUCAACAACAAUCAGUGUAUCAUGAAACAGAGAUACAUGAUGAACCACAAGUAUCACUACCACCACCAUCAUCAACACCACCACAAUCAUCAACACCACCACAAUCACCACCACCACCACCAUCAUCAUCACCACCAUCAUCACCACCACCAACAACACAAACAACACCAAUUCCUCAAGAUACACUUGUAUGACCAAAACACUGCCUCCAUUGGUAUUGAACUGUCAAACUUAUUACUGAUGAUUUUAGUCUUUGUGAUGUGCCCCACAUUUGUUUGUAUAGACAACAUUUUCCAGGGGAUUUAUAAGACAAUGGUCAUCAGCAUUUCAAUUGAACCUAAAUCCUUUUUUAUGUGCCUUUUUGUUUCAGGUAUUUUUAACUCACAUAUUUUGUAAUGUAAUGUAAUAUGUCAGAACAUGUGCCGAUUUUCAAGGAUACAAUCUCGUUUAGGUAAGGUGUAACAUUGGUUGUCUAAAGUAUGAUAAAGCCUUUGUCACUUUAAUAUAAACUAUUAGUAUUACAUUUUAUAUGAACACAGUAAAUGAGUGUCAAUAUAUUUCUGAUUUUUAGAGGAAAUGUUUUGCUCUGUGUCUCUUUCUAUAUUUUCUUUAAUCUAUAUCUCAGUAUGACAUUAAACUUAUGUAUUUGAUUGUUUAUUUCAAUUUCUUUGUCCUAGAAUAAAACAUUUGAAAAAAAAGAAAAAAAAUGAUAUGAAGUUCUGUUAAUUGCAUUGGAUGUAUGGCCAUAGUAUAAAGCAGUAUGAUAGUAAGAGCAUAAGCCCAAAUAUUAAGAUGUAUACAUGCCAUUAAACACUGUCAUUGUAUUGUGUCUUAUAUCUUUUAUAUCAUCUUUAUAUGUGAACUCUCUUAUACAACACUUAAUCAUUGCCUUGACUUAAGAAAUAGAUUACUGUCAAUGUAUUGUCUAUAAUCAUGCCAUACUCGUACUUAUUUUACUUGUAGGGGAUAUUCCUUCAACAAGGGAAGUUUUAAAAUGUACUGUAUUGUGCAUAAUUUUUUGGGGUGUAUUUUUAAAGGUAUCACAACAUUGUAAUUUUAUAAAUAUUUUCAAUAGAACACUUGAAGGGAAUAGCUUUGUGGUUUUAAUUUUUUUAAAGAUCAAGUGUGCUGUUGGCUAAUAUUAUUUAUUUCCUCUAUUGGUAAUCAAUCUAUUUGAUAUUUUGCAGAAGGCCUAUGGCUAUGUGUUAGCAAACUAAUUUAUAUCUAGGAUCAUGUGUGAAUGCUUAAAACUAGUUUCAUACAAAAUGCAGGAAGGUUAAUAAAUAAAAUUAUAUCACUUAUCUGCCAUUUUAUAAUUUUAAUCCAAAAGCUUACUGCCAUCACUCUUUAGAAAUUGCUAAAGCUUUACUAGGAACUUUUUUGAUCCAGCAAUUCAAAUAACAUUGUAAGGCUUGUGUCAUGAAUAUUCCUUUUGGUUCAAGUUAAAUGAAUGAAUAUAGCAACAGCCAUGUAGAUAAUGCCUGUAUCCUUGUUAACUAGAAAUGUUGUCAUCAUUACAUCAACCAGAGAAGUUCUUCUUUGCUUCAAUCUCCAUCUGUUGAAUUCUCACUUCUUCUUGUUAUUCUCAAUUCCUCUUUUGGAUCUUUUUUUCCAUCUCUUCUUUAUUUAACAUUCUAAAAUUUGCAUAAGGUGGACCUUUCAAGUAUAUUUAAAGUAAAUUUACAUUCCACUGCAUUAUUUGACUGUCUUACAUUUCAGCUGUCAAUAUUACCUUCAAUGCUUCCCUAAAUUCAUUUCAAUAUUUGUAAGCCCCUUUGUUAUUACUACUCCCAUUUAGGCCCUGAAAAUGGACAAAUACAUUUAUUACAUCAAUAUUAUUAUCACCAGUUUUAUAUCACAUUAAUUAGAGUACAUGUUUGAAAACUUAAUUUUGGCAGCAAUGAAGAGUGUGUAUAUUACACGUUGCUAUACCUUUCAAUGACUUCUUCAUUAUUUCAAGUGUAACAAAUAAUACAAAGUAAUGAUGAUAACGUUUAUAUAAAAUACACAUUAUGCAUACCUGAAGUAGUAGUUCAUAUUUUUUUCUUUUCUUUCAGUAAGAGUGAUUUUUGAAUUGUGAUACAUGCAGUUUGUAAGGGAUUGGUGCAUUGUUUUUUUACAUUCACAUGACGUGUAAUAUACUACUUUGUCUCACAUAACUGGACAAGCCUUCAUCACUAUUGGCAUGCAUACAUUUUGUACUACUACUCCUUUUUUCCCCAAAGUCUUGAAUAUAAUGUUCUAAUGUUUGUUUUAUAUGCCUAUUCUUGUUUGGAAUAAUCAUGUCACUGCUAGCACAUUCUUGUGUAUAUAUACUUUUAAUCGUAGUUAAUCUGUGAAAUUAAUUUUACCUAGAACUUUGGUUUAUAUCUAUACCCAAGAAUGUUGUUGCCAGUAGUUAAAUUUGAUAUUAAUCCAUGAAUUAUAAAUAUAAUUGUAUAUGUAUGCAGUACUGUAGGACAAUAGAAGAGAGUAUAUUUUGCUACAAAUUAUAAAAAUGAAUGAACAAACAAAGCAAGAAUGUAAUGUUUUCACUAAAUUCUAUCACUUUAUUAUAAUAUAAAUUGAAAUAGAUAUCUGUAUUUAAACCAAGCACGUAUUAUACAUAUAUUCAAAUUUGUGCUAAUGUUUAUAUAUUUACAUGAAAUAACUAUUAUAAUUUACAUGACUAUUGCCCCAAAUAUGAUGAGAAAACAAAAAAGUAGGGGUUGAGAAAGAAUAACUUUUCAAUAGGCCAGGAAUUUAAAUGGAGUUGACCAGGCCAUUUCUAUUUCCCUUUUGUGUUCUACAAGAAAGUGAACCAAUUGGAUUUUUGCACAAAAUUUGAAGAUGAUGUGUAGUGAUGCAUGAUACUGAAAACCUAAUCAAUUAUACAUUCCAGAUGAUAUGAACUUUAUUACCAUAAUUUUUACUCUAGUUUUUCUCCUCAGUAACUUUUUAAAAAAUUGUGUCACCUUUUUUAAUUGACAUUCUCUGUACCACCUAAUAUGAUUAUAUGAGUUAACACCUGUUUGGCCCCAAACACAUGAUGUGGUAUGACUGUGUAGAUAUUGUAUUUACAGUCACAUCAGUAAAAUAUGGCAGACUUUGCCCUUUGACUGUCUUAAAGCUACAAUAAUUGUCAUGCUCUUGGCCAAUCACUAUUCAGGAUUGUCAUGUGAUUGGACUCUGAUCGGACAAUUAUUCUCAAGAUCUCUGUUCCUGGGUGAUGCUAAGAAAUAAGGUUAGGUUUCGAUGGGAAUGUUUAUGCAGUUUGGACGGAUCCUUUUAUUUGUACAAAUGAUGUAGCGAUGUAUAGAUAUAUAUUGAUAACGCAACCAUGCUGCCAUUGUAUUGAUUGAUAUGGACAUAAGCAAAUGAUGCAACUGCACUGUAAGUACAAGACAGUAGAAAUCAUGAAAAGAGUUAAUGAUUGUAAUCAUUUUUUAGUGUGUGGUAUCAAUUAUUAUAGAACAGACACUUUAAAAAAAUUAGUUAGUCUUCAGGACAUUAUGGAUACGAUACAUUUGUAUCAAGGAAAUUCGCCCUGUUCUUGUAGAGAUCAUUAAUUAUGAUUGUGUGUUUUUUUUUUGGAAGAAUUGUCGCAGAGAUCCAUAUAACAAUGCCUUACACAGACUGGAAUAUUAGCCCACAAAAUGAAUUGCCAUGAAUGUUUAAAUUUAUUUUAUUAACCACUUCAUUGUUAGGAUCUUUGCUAAUGGUUCUGGUUUACUGGAAGGUCCUUGAACGUGUCUUGUAGAAGAGGAAAAACAAUUAAGCUUUAAAGAGGAAUAGAAGUGAGUCAGGAACUUGCACUAUGUGUACAUAUAAAGUUGAAUUAUCAUUAUGCAUUCAUUAUGUUAAUAGAUUUUUUAAAUUUUGUUCUUUAAUUGUAUGACUGUAUUAUGUUAUCAGAAUAAAAUGUUGACACUUUUUGUAAUGAAAA